AUGAACAAUGAUUCGGAAAUUUUCGUUGAGGAGUAUCAAAUGGAUACUUCAUACGUAGAACAGGAGAAGGAGGGACUAAUAACUGGAAAAGUCACCGAAGAACCGUCCGAAGAAAAUCCAGUUGAGGCUCGUUAUAAAUUCUUUCUUCAGGUUUUUAUGAUAAUUAUUCUGCUCACAAUACUUAUGGGCACGAUCCUUGUAGCAAUCUACUCUCCUCGAGAUGGUAAACUACUGAUGGCUCCGACCUUUUUUAACGGAUCCCAUGAUUUUUAUCCAACUGUACUUUUGGUAUCAUUCGACGGAUUUAGAGCUGAUUACCUUGAUAGGAAUAUUACUCCUACGUUGAAUAAACUUAGUAAGCCUAUUUCUUUUUAUGUUCAAAAUGGUAUUAAAGCUGAAUACAUGAUACCAUCAUUUCCGUCCGUGACAUUUCCUAAUCAUUAUACAAUUAUUACGGGUCUUUAUCCUGAGUCUCAUGGAAUUGUUGGAAAUGAAUUUUAUGAUCCUGAUCUUGAUGACGAUUUUUAUUAUACCAAUCCUAAUAAAAGCUGGGAUUCAAAAUGGUGGGGUGGUGAACCGAUUUGGGUAACUACUGUAAAGCAAGGUCAAAAAUCCGGUGUAUCACAAUGGGUCGGAACUUCAUCUAUCAUUAAAGGAUAUACUCCAACUUAUCAUUAUCCUUAUACUCCUAAUGUUACUAUUGAAGAAAAAGUCAAUCAAAUAAUGAAUUGGUUGGACCUUCCGUUAAGUGAAAGACCAACAUUCCUUGCUGCUUAUGCAAGUGAAGUUGAUAGUGCUGGUCACAAAUUUGGUCCUGACUCUGUAGGCGUAAAUGAUUCUCUUAAAUAUGUUGAUAAUUUUGCGCUUAGCCUUUUGGAAGGUUUAGUUAGUGACCACGGGAUGGCGCAAACAGUUUCUAGUAAUCAAAUUUUUUUAGACAAUGUUUUCGAUGUUUCAAAAGUUCGUCCAAUAGAAUGUAGACCAUUGGCUGGAAUUCGUCCUUAUAAUGACUCGGAUAUCAAUGAUAUAUAUUUAUCUUUGAAAGAUGCGAGUCAAAAUCAGCCUUGGAAUUGUUAUCUUCGUGAUGAAAUACCUGAACGUUUUCAUUUUCGUGCCUCCCAUCGUAUAGCUCCAAUUUUCUGCAUUCCUCCUGUAGGUUGGAUUCUCUCAACUCAUCGUGAUUUUGGUAAUUCAUCUCCAAAAGGAAUGCAUGGUUAUGAUAAUCUUGAACCUGAAAUGAGAGGAAUAUUUUUAGCUUCAGGUCCUACAUUCAAGGAAAUAGCUUCUAAAAAAAAGACAAAUGUAGUAAAAAGUUUUUUUAAUAUUGAAGUUUAUAAUAUUGUGGCAAAAAUUUUGAAUUUAACUCCCGCUGAGAACAAUGGUACUGUCGGUGGAAUUCUUUGGAAUGAUUAA